CUUGUAAAAACGAUGCGAUUUGUCGAGAUCAUAAAACAAGAUACGAAUGCCAUUGCAAGAAAGGUUACAAAGGUUUCAAAUGUGAAGCGAAAGAUAGAUGCUAUCCAAAUCCAUGUCGAAACGCGGGCAUCUGCCAUGAAAGAAAUGGAAUGGUUAACUGCAGUUGUCAACGUGGGUUCAAGGGUAUCAACUGUACAGAUGUGAAUAAAUGUGAAAUCAACCCGUGCAGAAAUGGAGGUACUUGCAUCCAGUUAGAAAAAAACCAGUUCUUCUGCAAAUGUCUGCCUGAAUACAACGGAACAUUCUGUCGCAAGCGAAAUCGUUGUCUUGUUAAUCCAUGCAGAAAUGGUGGAAUUUGUUCAACCGACGAGAAGAAACCUGUCUGUAGUUGUCGUGAAGGAUUUGUUUCCGAAUUUUGUCAAGAUCAUGUUUGCAAACCAAACCCUUGUCUUCACGGAGGAGUUUGUAAGGCAAAAGCGAAAGGACAGACCUGGCAGUUUCAGUGUUCAUGUCCGAAGAGUUUCACCGGGAAAAUUUGUCAAGUUGCCAGUCCAUGCAUGAGUAAACCCUGUAUGCAUGGUCGAUGCAUUGACGCCACGAAUGAUCCACGCUACACGAGACUCACUGGUGGUUAUAUCUGUCUUUGCGAGAAGGGAUACACCGGGAAGAAUUGUAGAAAAAAGAUUUGCGACAGUUGUCAUAAAAAUGCCAAAUGUCAAGGCGGUCAUUGUGUUUGUAAACCUGGUUUUGUUGGAAACGGACUGGCUUGUAAAUUAGUUUAUAAGACUGGUCCUUGUGCUCUCAAACCAUGCAGAAACAACGGUGUUUGUGUGAAUAUGGAUGAGACCACAUACGACUGUCGAUGCUCUGCCAAAUAUACUGGACGGAACUGUGAGACUCGUUUGAAAUGCGUUCCCAAUCCUUGUAGAAAUGGCGGUGUUUGUUUUGAAAGUGGCAAGACAUUCCGUUGCGUUUGCCAGAAGAAAUUCACUGGAAAAGAUUGCUCGAAACGCGUUGUUAUCAAAGAUCGAUGCUCACCCAACCCGUGUAAAUAUAAUGGGAAAUGCAGGACUUCAGAGGAUGGAACACGAGCAUUUUGCAAAUGUCCAACGUACAAAUUCAAGCCACCGUUUUGUGAUUGCGACUGUCCCAAGGCAAACCCAUUACGGCAGAGAAACAGCAUCAACUCAUUUUGUGACAAGAAAGGAGAUUGCAUCUGUCCACGAAGCAAAAUGUACUUGACGCCUUGGGGAUGUGUGCCUUCUGUAUUGAUGGACAACCCAUGCAGUGUGAAGCCGUGUAGAAAUAAUGGCACCUGCUUUAAUUUCAGUAUUUCUCCGCUCACACAAAAUGACCGCAGCUACCGUUGUCGUUGUGCGAUUGGUUUCACUGGCUCCCGUUGUGAGAUAAAGUUACCGGACCCGUGUUUACGUAAUCCGUGUAGAAACGGAGGUGUUUGUAAAGCAUCGAAAGGAGUCGCUGUCUGCCAUUGCAAGUCCGGCUACGUACGACCAUACUGUUUACGACCUCCCCCUGGUGUGAGCAAAUGCUACCCCAACCCAUGUUUAUACGAUGGUGAAUGUUUUGAAAAAGAUGGCGGAUAUUCCUGCAAGUGUAAAAAACACUUCACUGGAACCCAUUGUCAAAUUUUUAUGGAUGAUUGCAAGGAUUGUAACUCAAAAUUUGCUCAUUGCUUCCGCGGAAAAUGUGUUUGUAAACCUGGCUACGUUGGAAAUGGGAAAGUUUGUGCACCAUCGUUAUCAGAAGAACGUAGAUCUUACAAAAGAUCAUUCAAUGUCCAUAACAAAGACCUGCUGGUUGACGCUUUGAAAUCAUCAACGGCCAGCCAAGCUAAGGACAGUGCUGGGAAGAAACGCUUUUUAAGUUCGGCAGAGAAAAGACAUUAUAAUUCUGUGAAUAUUCCAAAACCCGUCGCCUACAGCAAUAAACCUGAUGUGUUUAUUAAUCACGUGCAUGUAAAUAAUGGAGUAAAUCCAUGUCAAAACAGUGGUAUAAUUUUGCACACACCAGGCGGAUUUGAAUGCUUGUGCAAAAAGCAAUACAAAGGGAAACAUUGCGAAGCAAGAAAUUAUUGCUAUCCCAACCCAUGUGUUAACAGGGGAAAUUGCGUUGAGACGAAGCAUAGUUUCGUCUGCAAGUGCUUGAAAGGUUUCAAGGGUGCAACAUGUUCAGAAAAAGAUCCGUGUGCUCUGAAUAUUUGCAAACAUGGUGGUACAUGCAUUGAUGUUGGUGGAUCUAAAGUACAGUGCAGUUGUCCAAUAGGGUUCAAGGGGAACACCUGUGGAGAAAUUGAGUACUGUGAUCCUAAUCCCUGCCUUCACGGUGGGACAUGCAAGGAGAGCAACGGGAAGUUUGUUUGCGCAUGCGUGCAAGAUUGGAGAGGAUCUAUAUGUGAGAUUCCACAUCGCUGUCUUGUGAAUCCUUGUCGAAAUGGCGGUCAGUGUAUCGAAGGGCAAACAGCGACAAUGUGUAAAUGCAAGGAAGGCUUUUAUGGUACUUUUUGUCAAGACCACGUUUGUCUGCCUAAUCCUUGCUUCAACAAGGGAGAGUGUUCAGUGGUAGUUAAACCUGACAAAACCUGGACAUACAAAUGUCAAUGUCAGCCGACGUUCAAAGGCGAAAGAUGUCAGGUUCGCAAUCGUUGUGCUUUGAAUUUGUGCAAAAAUGGUGUCUGUAUCGACGAUUCCAGCAAAUACCACGUUGAUCUUCCUCUAAAUGGAUAUCUCUGUAUUUGCAAAGACGGUUUUAAAGGAGAGAAUUGCGACCGUAACGUUUGCGACAACUGUCACAAGGAUGCUGUGUGCCUUUAUGGGCAAUGUAUUUGUAAGAAUGGUUUUGUCGGAAAUGGAAAGACCUGUAAAAAAUCGUCCGACAUUUGUUCGCCGAAUCCCUGCAAGAAUGGCGCUAAAUGUGUCCACGCUCCCAAAGAUUCUUUCGAUUGCGUUUGUGUCCGAGGAUUCACUGGACCACUGUGUGAGAGUGUUACCUUGUGUGAUCCUAAUCCUUGUAAGAAUGGGGCGACUUGUGUUGCAGCUGCUGGGAAGUACACGUGUAUUUGUCCACAGGGAAAGGCUGGACCCGACUGUGAGGAAAUCAAAAAGAUAAAAUGUACUCCUACAUUUUGUCAAUAUGGUGGAAUAUGUAAAGAACCCGAGGACCCAACUAAACCGCCAUUUUGUAUCUGCAAAACGCACAAAUUUGUUCCUCCUAAUUGUGCCUGUGCUUGUGCGCCUGCAAACAAGAACGCCGAUUCCUCUGCGGUUGAUCCAGUUUGUGACGCAGAUGGAGACUGCGUUUGUGCAGAUGCAUCCAAGACGUUUGUUACUGGCACUGGCUGUAUUGUAGGAAAGACUGACCCCUGUCUUAAUUUGCUCUGUCAAAACGGUGGAACAAAAGAAAGAUCUGGCUCCACUUGCAUUUGUCGAUGUCCAACCGGUUACACAGGAGCAAGAUGCGAGACAAAAACAGGUCGCCAGUGCAUUCCUAACCCGUGCAAGAAUCAGGGAACAUGCGAGGAGAGUUUAGGACGAAUUAAAUGCAACUGUCUGCAAGGAUUCAGACAACCUUUCUGUGAACCCGAGACGAUAGCAAAUUUCAAACCGUGUGUACAGAAUCCUUGUAAGAACGGUGGACGAUGUCUGGCGUUGAAAAACGGUUACGACUGUCAAUGUUCUCCGCAAUAUACUGGACCUCAUUGUGAAGUUGAUAAAUGUCUAAAAUGCCACAAAGACGCGUACUGCAUUCAGGGCGUGUGCACGUGCAAGGAGAACUUCGUAGGGAAUGGAUAUAACUGCAUCGUUGAACUGGAGAAGUCAGAUUCCUCUUGUUACAAAUGUCCUGUGAAUACUGUGUGUAAUUUGGGAGUUUGUGAAUGUCGCCAGGGUUAUGUGAUGCAAAAGAGAAACUGCAUUCCGAUAACAGUUUAAACUGGGUAGUAAUUUGUGAUCGAAUCGCGUACUCCGGUCAGUCCCAGAGCAAGUUCGAGUGUGUAUAAUGUGUAUAAUAUACUGGGAGCCGUGCUGAGUGCAUGAAUUAUGAUGUCAUCUCCAUGUAAACCACUUCAAAAAAAGAUGAAUUUUUACUAACAAUCUUGCUGGUCUUGGCUGAACUGUAAU